UACUCCUCUGUUAGCUCAGUCUGCCUGGACAACUUGAGUCAGUCUAUCGGAGUAAGUGUGAGCGCGAGGAUGAUGGAUGCAAUACCGUGUCGUCUCUUGUUUUUAGCACUGUUGUUUGGAGCCAGGAUCCAACACACAGAAGCCUUACAAUGCUACUGUCACCGAUGCCCAAACCACACCUGUGCCACAGACGGUCUGUGCUACGUUUCCAUCACAAAAUCAGGCAGCGUCACCACGCAACAGAGUUUUUGCAUAAGUGAGAUUGAGCUGAUACCACGUGACCGGCCCUUCGUCUGUGCACCCUCCACCAAAGACAACACGGGGAUUUACCCCAUGUGCUGUGACACGGACUGGUGCAACAAGAACCCUGACCUCACAACAUUCCCAGUGCCAACACAAAAGCCUCAAACAUUGGGGCCUGUGGCCUUUGCUGCCCUGAUCGCAGGUCCCGUGUGUGUGGUUUGCUUCAUGAUGGUCACCAUUUUCUACAUUUGCCAUAGCCGUUCGGUCAUCCACCACCGUGUGCCUAACGAGGAAGAUCCCUCCAUGGACCACCCCUUCAUUACCGUUGGAACCACACUUAAAGACCUCAUAUAUGACAUGACCACAUCGGGUUCAGGCUCUGGUCUUCCUCUGCUGGUGCAGAGAACCAUAGCCAGAACCAUAAUCCUGCAAGAGAGCAUCGGCAAGGGCCGCUUUGGAGAGGUGUGGCGGGGAAAGUGGAGAGGAGAGGAGGUGGCAGUAAAGAUAUUCUCCUCCAGAGAGGAGCGGUCCUGGUUUCGGGAGGCGGAGAUCUACCAGACUGUGAUGCUCCGGCAUGAGAAUAUCCUCGGCUUCAUCGCCGCUGACAACAAAGACAAUGGGACGUGGACCCAGCUGUGGCUUGUAUCAGACUACCAUGAACAUGGCUCCCUGUUUGACUACCUAAAUCGGUACACAGUUACUGUGGAGGGCAUGAUCAAGCUGUCUUUGUCCACUGCCAGUGGCCUGGCUCACCUGCACAUGGAGAUUGUCGGAACACAAGGCAAGCCUGCUAUCGCACACAGGGAUCUGAAAUCGAAGAAUAUUCUUGUUAAGAAGAACGGCACAUGCUGUAUUGCUGACUUAGGCUUGGCUGUACGCCACGACUCAGCCACCGAUACCAUCGAUAUUGCACCUAAUCACAGAGUGGGCACGAAAAGGUAUAUGGCCCCAGAGGUACUUGACGAUUCAAUAAAUAUGAAGCAUUUUGAGUCUUUCAAGAGGGCAGACAUCUAUGCCAUGGGUCUCGUCUUUUGGGAAAUUGCAAGCAGAUGUUCUAUCGGAGGCAUUCAUGAAGACUACCAGCUGCCGUACUAUGACUUGGUACAGUCCGACCCGUCAGUGGAGGAAAUGAGGAGAGUCGUGUGUGAACAGAAAUUACGACCCAACAUUCCAAACAGGUGGCAAAGCUGUGAGGCUCUGCGGGUGAUGGCCAAGAUCAUGCGAGAGUGCUGGUACGCCAAUGGAGCCGCUCGCCUCACCGCCCUGCGCAUCAAAAAGACCUUAUCCCAGCUCAGCCAACAAGAGGGAAUUAAAAUGUAGGCCAGCGGUCGAGGAAAGUCACUCGACUUACCGUCAAACUAUGAUCACGAUAGUUCUCAUUACCUUUCUCAUUUUCCUUUAUUGCAUAAUCCUCUGUCUUCAAGAGAGGACACAAGCACUUUGAAUGAAGUUUUGCAGUUGUUUUGCGUUCCUUUUGGUCUUAAUGUUGCGUGUGGACUUGCUGUGGGUCUUAGAGAACAUGAACUCUUGAUGUAAUAACUAUAUCCCACAUCUGGUCUUGUUGAUAUGCUGGCCCUGAAGAUGGUGUAAUAUCAUUUUUUAUGGGAGCACAGCACCAGACUCCAACAAUAGCAUGGCAGAUACUGAAACUAGCCUCCUGGGUGCUGGGAAAAAGCUGCCCUGCAAGGAAGGGUUUUUUAUUUUAUUUAUACAUUUAGCUUCUUCAGUGACUGGAUAGAUUUGUAGUUGUUUUUUUUGUUUUUCUCCCAUGGAGGGAUGACUUUUUGUGGUUGACUCAUUUCUUUGGGACCGUAUUUUUUUGCACCUUGAUAUCCUUUUCACUUAUCACUGCAGUUCUUCAGGUCAGCGUAACGAAAAUGUUUUCGUUCUUUUCGUUUUCAUUAGUUUUUGCAAAAACUAAACUGGACAUGACCUCAUUUAGUCUUGGCAAACAUGCUGUGACAUAUGCAAUAUAGAUAAAUAUUAUCUACUUUAUAUUUUUACUGCUCUGCAACAACGACUACAACUUCAACAACGAUGACAACCAUGCCUUCCAAGCCAGGUGUUACCAGAAAGUGACACUGCUUUGAAAAAACCCACCCUCAUGGUGUGAGCUGGCCCCUUCAGCCGCCGCCGGUCUUAAAGUAUUGAUGUUGGAGAGAUUCUUUAAGUUUCUUAUGUGAUGUCUCUUAUGCACAAGGGGCCGCCACACUCAAAUUUACUGGUGCCAUUUUUUUCAUUUUCUGCCUCAUGAUGUUCAUUGAUGCAGCACUGAGGGAUGUAACAACAACAAUCCAGACCUCUUCUCAUUUUACAGCUUCUUUUUUGGACAAUAUGUACUUUUUCAUGGAAUUGCUGCAUAAUGGGAAACCAAUGACUGACUCAAGUGAUCGGACACCCACCUUUGUUCUCUUUGUUUGAUUGGUCGAAACUGGGAAACUGAUGAGGGUCUGCAGUUCAGUGCAGAUUGUUGCUGAUGCUUCAACAAAGCUUAGAGUUGCAAAACUACUAUAUCAAGGAUUCAGUAUAGCAAGGACUAUGUAACUGUCACUUGAUGCAAAGAAAAUGAAGAGCAGCCCAGGGAUUGGACUUUGAAAAACAGAAACAAUAGAGAUAUUGAAAGAAACCAAUAGCAUUACUGAAAGUUGCCCAAUAAAAACAUAUGAUUAGGAUAGUUCUUAGAGUUAAGCUUUUGUUCACAGUGUGCAAAAAUGGUAAGGUACAUUCAUUCUAAAUAUAGCAAAUGGAUAUUUACUAAGCCAUAGGUUUUCCAACAUUGUCCAGCUACUUUUUUCUAAUAGAAUGUAAACAAAAAGAGAAUAAUGAAUUCAAGGACUGCUUAAGGGACCAAUCGAACAUGUCGAGGUUUUUUGUUUUGUUGUAAAAAGUUCAGUUUGAAUCAACUAUAGUAACACAGGAGGGUCAAUACAGUAUGUAACAGAAUACAUAAAUGUAGCAAAAGAUCAAGCAGUUUAUAUGUCCAUGGAGGUGAACUGUGUUGACACCCAAACAAGCUGGCUGUCUAGUGUUUCGUAGCUGGAUGAUAUUUGAUAGCAUUGUUUUUCAUAGCUGCAUUCAUGUAUGAAAACUGAAAUGGCUCUCUGAACUUUGGUUAAACCAGUUUCUGUACACUUUUUAUUUUUCAAGUUAUCCACUUCUGAAGAUACAGUGCUUAAGUGUACAUCUUGAAAUUUUAUUUACAUGCAGCGCUACAUCUUUAGUGACACUAUUUUUGUAAAAACGUAACUAGUUUCUUAUACCGACUAUACAUUCAUUGCGUUCAUCAUUAUAGUGAAGUAAGAGCCCUUUGAAAAAAAUGGAAUAUUUUAAUUGGUUUGGCAAUUACUGAAGUUCAAUGUUAAUUGAUGUUGCAGUAGUUUUUUGGUCAGUCUUCUGUCUAUACUGCUAUGCAUUACAAUUCUCAUUUCUGGAGCAAGUAAACAGUAACACUUUACAAUAAGGUUGUAUUUGUUAACAUUAUUAAAUACUUUAGUUAAAAUUAAUUAACAAUUAACAAUAUUUUUAACAGCAUUUAUUCAUCUUUGUUGUUUAAAAAUACAAUUGUUCAUUGUCAAUGUUAAUUAACUUUUUCUAUUAAUAAUGUAUUAGUAUGUUAAAAAUUUAUAUUAACCAAGAUUGGUUCUGUAAAAGUAUUUUUUUUUUUAUUAUGAGUUUAUGUAAACUAAUUUAGUUAACCAAUGUUACCAAUAUGCAACCUUGUUGUAAAGUGUUACUAAGUAUACACUAGUACUUGAAUGCAGGUCAAAUUAUUUUUUUAAAUUAUUAUUAUAAUUUUUGUAAUUAAAAAGUUGCCCAAUUUACCUGAAUUCUACCUACCAGGUAACAUGAAUUGCCCAGAUUACUUUUGGAUAAUUGACAUUUUCAGAACAGGGUUUCUCAGUCCAAUUCUUUUAAAUUAUUAUUAGUGUUAUUAUUAUUUUUUUUUUCAUUUGAGUGUAAAAGAACCCACUUCUCUUGUAGUAAUGACCAUAUGCAGAGUGAUUUCGGGUUUUAAAAUAAUCGCAAUUAUGAGUUAUAGAGCUUGUUUGAGAUGGCAUUAGUUGAAAGAAUACAUUCUUGUAAAUAAAACAGUACCAGUCUGUUGGAUAGAAAGUAUUAUGGUCUGUUACUUCUUGAUAAUUGGAUGCUGUUUUGUUGGAGACUCCAUAUGAUGUUUGUAUGGAACAUUACAGUGAUUGAAUGAAUUAAUGACUUCUACAUGUUACAAAUGCUAAAUUCCUGAAUGAAGUACUUUUUAAUGUGUGGAUAGGAAAUAGUGUCUAUACAUUUUUUUAAAGGUAUAUAAAUAUGUAUGUAUAACAUGUGUCAGGCUAUUGGCCCUAUGUCAUGUACAGUUUGUUAAUGAAAAUUAAAGAAAGGAAAACGUGUAAAUAAAACCCAUUUUCACAAAAACAUAAUGGACAUUGCUACCAGAAGAGGAUAUGAGCUCAAAGGGAAACAUUAGAGAAAUUGAUAAGGUAGUUUAAGGGAAUGGGAGUGCAGUGAAGCUUUCUUCGACAAACUUUCAACAGUCUUUUCUUCUCCCGUUUAUGCCACGUCUCUCAUCAAAGUCGAACACAUCCUAAUUCACCAGCAGCCUUUUAUUUUAAAUUCAAACAUGGUAACAUUUACAUCCAGGUAUGCUAUUGGCCAUGAAGGCCAUGCCACACCAGCUACAACUUGACAGAAAAAACAUACCAUUGCACCUCUGGUUCCACGGCUAACGUGAUUACAAGAUGUGUUUUUAAUGCAGCAUCUUUUGUUGGUCCUGGAACAAUGUUCUUUUGUUAAAAUAAUCUAUCCUUAAACUCUUUAGUUCGCCCCGAAAAUAAACAUUUCCAACCCUACUGUUUUCCCUACCCCUUACAUCUGAUAUGAUAAUAGCAAUGUUGAUCCAGGAACAGGUCCUACUUGGAAAAAUCAUGUUAACUCUGGUUCCACACAAAUGGGCGAGACAGUGAGGCACUUUUCAAAUAGUCCAUUCCCUUUUAGUGUAGCUAGAUUUUUCUAUACAUGUCAAACAUUUAGGAAAUGAGAUACAUGCCAGAGGGACACAGAUUUUCUGUGUCCCUCUGGCAUGCACUCUCUGUCUCGCCCUUUCGCAGCCAACAUCCCUCUUGAUGUCAACAACUUUUGUGCCUCCUUCAAACUCAUUUGCAGUGCAUGGGAAAGAGUUCAUUCAUGCCAGGAGAUUUAUUCAGUAGCCAGACCAGAUGUCUGUGAGGUUGCAUCGGGUACCCUUCUUUGACCCAGACUUUACUUGCAGCUUUUAAUUAAUAAUUCAAUGAUUGAAGGCGAAUUAUGCAAAUGUUUCACUCUAUAAUGCACACAUAUGUGUUUCGGUACAUAUUACGUAGUGUCAGGAGGAUUAAUUCACAGCUUUUGUGUGAUCAAGUCAAGGCCAUGGGUGUAUAUGUCUAACCCAAAUGUGACUGAUGUGAAUGUUAACUUUUUAAAAGCUGCAACGUUCCUUGCAAUGUGCCACCAAGUACAGCACCAUUCGCAUAGUUUCAAUAAAGGUAUGCCAUUUUUCCGUUUUUUUUUUUUUUAAGGUGCUGUGCAGAAACACAAGUCUUUCACUUAUUUAUGCAAAUGUAUAGGGUGACACAGUCCUCAGGCUCUCCAAUAGCAUUUGCAGUAGUAUUUAUUACAGGUUGUUGAAACACCUAUGCCAAUAUCCAGACACUGUGAGAAAGACCCUUGAGGGACGGUGGACCGGCAGCACCAAAAAUCAUGCAUUUCGAAAACCAUAUGUAGGCCUGCUGUAAUUUGCUAAAAAUGUACGAGGAUGUGAGGGUUCCUCAAUUUAGGGUAAACAUAAAGCACAAGGCAGAAGUCUGGGUCAUUUAAAGGUGACUGUUAGUUAAAGAGUUAUCCCAGGUGCAUUUCAUUUGGUCAGUUUGUGUGGCAGCUGAUAAAACAUUGUGAAAUGGAAGAGGAAAGCUUUAUUGUGUUUUAUUUUUAUAUCUUAGUCUAAGUUUUACUAUAUGUGUUUUUUUUAUUUUUUAUUAUUAAUAUUAUUUUAUUUAGAAUGAUGCACUGCAUGGGACUUAUUUCUAAUGUUUGCAUCACUUUAAAAAAAAAUUAUAAUAAUUAAAAGAAGAAAAACAAAUAAUUUCAGGAAAAGUUAAAAAAAUUGUCAAGAAUACCUCCUCUGAAGACCAAUGUGUUUUUACCUCAGUGUAUAUAUUUGAUUUGUUUACUCCAAAUCAUGUUUCUUUGAAAUGCUGAAAUGACAUUUUAUGUCGGUGGUACUUGUCAAUGGCAUUGUAUUGUAUUAUUGUCCAAACAGUAUAUUCCUUCUUUAAACCAUUAUUUGGUUUUAUUGUUUAUCUCUUUUGUUCUGUAUGAAUUAUAAGUGCUUUACUGAUGUCAUACUAUGCCCUUUAAAUGCCUCAUUCUCAGCUGUAUAGAAAUGCCUUGUUUUCCAAAAAAGAAAAAGAAAAUUCUGGACAAAAUUAGAUGUGUGGGGGGGUUUCAGAGAGCCUGCAUUAAAGACACAGUAUAACCUGUGCCCCAUGUGAUUUCUAAAGCAUUAUGUAUUGAGUUUUUAUAGCUGUGUACAGAUGUACAAAUGAACUGCAUAGGAUCAUAGCAGAGUGAAGCUGAUGUCGCUUUCUAACAUAGUGGAGUAGAGAUGGGUGUGAAUAAAAAAAAAAUGGUG